CCGCGAUAUACAUGUUAUAGUACAUUAUAGUGGAUGUUAUAAGUAGGCACGGAGUAUAUGUUAGGUUGGGAGGUACUUGGUAGCCAGGCAGGCACGGCGUACCUCCCAGUAUUCGCGGUAGUGGGGGAUCGACGACUCAUGCGCUCUCUCGCCCGUCUCGUCCGGGUCCUUUCUCCCAUCAAAUUCUUUGCUGCUUCGGCGCAUGCGCGGUCAUACAACUUUCUUCAACUCCGUAGUAUCCAACUCAGCAUCAUCGACCAUCGCCUCUGCAACUUUUACAAAAGUAACAUUAGCCAGCCAGCCCUGUUGGUUGCUUAUCAUAUCAUCGCCCUGCACAUCCCCCGGCCCGCAUUGGCGUCCACCGAGCGACAAGUGACGCGCCGUUCGAGACGAGACGAGACAGGCGACGUUGGCUUCUGUCAGCCAUCGGCAGAUUUGACCUUUGACAGGCUUGACAACCUCUCUCUACAUCUAGGGGUCGCGAACGGGCUUACUGUCUUCUAUUUCCGACGUCCGUACAUGAGUACUAAACUUCGCUGGUCGUGCCGAAGUGCGCCAUCACCUACUACUUCUACUGCCAUCACCGUGAUUUCGUGGAUGCUGAGUAGCUCCCUUGUCGAUCCCUACAGGUCACCCCAUUGCAAGGCCAUUCGGUGCGGAAGACCCAUUCAGUGGUGCCCACCAAGAGAUCUGCCAGAUAUUCAGGGUCUGAAGUUCUUCCACGACGCAUUACCGCCAUCGACAAUCACUAGAACCCAUUCUGUGUCUUUUAUACAGGCAGUGUCCCCAGCGGCUGCGACUUACGCACGUACUUAGUACCUACGGCUGAGCCUUUGUCUUUAAGAUAGACGACACUGCAUAUUUGACUGUACCUUGUUAUCCUCCUGUAUUGGCAUUG